UUCCAUCCGUAUGGAGCCCUAAGACAGUAAAUCUUAGCGGAAUCAUAAAAGAUUGGUGCUUUGCUCUCAGAUGUUAUUCCAGUUCUGGUGCUUUUCAUUUUCUGAUUCUGCUGUGCUUUUGUUCAACUGAUCGUCUAUGCCCAAUCCUUGCUUAUUGAUUGCCUUUUGCUUCCCCUUGACAAAGACUGGUUGCGACACACACAAACAUGGCUCAAACCUAUCAGAAGGGCCACUACGAUUAUGACGGCAUGCAGCAGUCAGAACGACGACCUUCACGUGGCCCUAUUCAUGCUGGAGUUCGAGGUGUUCCUUACGUACCAUACACAACCAGACCAGACCCUCGUAACGAGUCAAGAACCUAUGUUCUUGCGACUCCUAUCUACGAUAUAGAUCAAGACAGCGAUCAAGGCUCUGCCAGGAAGCGUACCUCAAUGGCAUGCGGACGUUGUAGGAGACGAAAGAUUAAGUGCAGUGGAGGGCUACUUUGUCAGGCAUGUCGAAGUGCAGGAGUUGAUGCUAGCACUUGCAGCUAUCACAGGGUAGGCACAAGUCAAACAUUCGACCUUGAUACCUCGGUAGGAGGACCAUCACCUAUGGCUCCAAUCUCUCCAUACAGUCCUGUAUCAUCAAACGGUGGAGGAUAUCCUGCAUACCCAACUGACAACAGAUCUUCAUCCGUACCUGCACAUGGUAGAUCUGGAUAUUCGCAAACGUCGCUUCCCGCUUACACUUACGACAUUGAUACUCCUACAUACGCACUCAGCGACGAGUCCCGUGCUUGGACAUCUGGAAACCGAACUGGUACCGCAGUCAGUUACUACCAACAGGAAGGUUCAUCGUCGUAUGAGUACCCUACGCCAGUGUCUAAAAUCUCGAGCGACUCGAAUGAACCUCUUUCUCCCCUGAAUAUGAGCACCUUGCAGUCAUCGCUUCCUCUUCCUCUUGAGCGCCGCUUACCCGCUCCCAACUUCGUCGGCACCUCGAUCACACCUGACAACGACAUUCGCAGCCCCAUCAGUGCCAGACUCUCUAGCCUGAGUAUCAGUGGACCAUACAGCAGAAGCAACAGUGGUUCGUGGGCCGUUGAUGGCGUCGAACGCCGUCAGCCCUCGAUUCACGAUCUUGCUGAGGCCAGUAUGAUGCUGCCACCAGUGACAAGAGGCCUCGUCGGAACUUCAGCAAACCUGCCUGCUCUCGGUCAAGACGCUACUCCUAUGUCUACUGCAAUGUUCGUGUCCACACCCAAUGACAAUUUGGCCGCCAUUCAAACUUCCACCGGAGCUGCACAGCCUACCUACUACACAGCCACUUCCUCGUCGCUCCCUUCACUCAACACUGGAAUGUUGCUACCCACAAAUUACGCUCGCUACACGGCCAUCAACAACAGUGAUCCUUCCCUGCCAAACAUGAAUACCAACGAUCGCACAGACCCGACCUCCUACUACGGCUGGGGGUCCACAACCGCCAGUGGAACCGAAGUACUACCCAUUUUGAACACUGUGGAAGCCACCACCCAAUCCACUGCUGGUGCAGACCGAAAGUACACAUCCGCUCAGGUGUCAGCAAGAUAUCCACCGCUGCAGCACCCGGAACCCAAGAUUGUGCCAUCGACUCCACAUGCCACUACACUUGAGAGGCACGGUCGUACGCAGCAAAAGGACGAUAAGCAACAUCGACCCUCCUCUGGUUCUGGUCAGCAAAAGAACACUUCGGGCUCUUUGAGCUCGAAUCAUGGCAAGAAGUCAGGACACGAGCCCAGCAAAGGCAGUCUCUGAUCUUUCGUGUUUCGUUUCAGCCAUCCUCUCUUCUGUGCGAUGAGCUUCCCUUCACGUGUGUCGAACUUCAGAAUUCUCUUUUCCUACUGUCGCUUCAACUUCUUUCUGGUUAGAUGGCGUUCCAACAAAGCGAGGCUUAAUCUGCAGUGUUCUUUGUAACACUAAAUUUUCCUUGGGCUAAAACUUUUUUCAUCUCAUUUUCUCUUACUU